AUUUUCGGCGUCGAAUAUUUUGGAUGCUGGCCAAGAGAUAGCACAGCGGCCUUAUCACCGUGUCAGCGGGUCAGGGGUCACGGCUUAUCGUUAUCGCUUAUCAGUGCAGGCGUCCUCCCAUCGCCGGCGACUCUUUUCCACACAUUUUGCGGCAGUUCCCAAUCGAACGCAGACGUCGAUUUCACGGGGUUACAUAGACAUGCAGCUGGCGCGCUCUACACUGCCACAAAAGCUUCGCUUUUGCCUUAGCCGGGACCUGAACACCCAAGUUCAAGUUGGCAACCCGGUUAACGGGUUUCGCACAGCGAGAACGACGAGCGGAGCUUUAACUCGCGUCGCUUCCAAAAAUUACCAACACCAACAACAACAACAUCAUCCAUUGGCGUUCUUUGGGCCGGCGAUCAGACGAUAUUCGGACGCCAAGCAGAGCACUUUGAAGAACAUGGCCGAUCAGAAGAUGCUGCAAACCCCGCUGGCGGUGGGCGAUCCGGAGCUGGCCGAGCUGAUCAAGAAGGAGAAGGAGCGACAGCGCGAGGGUCUCGAGAUGAUCGCCAGUGAGAACUUCACCUCGGUGGCGGUCCUCGAGAGCCUGAGCUCCUGCCUGACCAACAAGUACUCCGAGGGCUAUCCCGGCAAGAGGUACUACGGUGGCAAUGAGUACAUCGAUCGCAUCGAGCUGCUGGCCCAGCAACGUGGACGCGAGCUGUUCAACCUGGCGGAGGAGAAGUGGGGCGUGAAUGUGCAGCCGUACUCCGGUUCGCCGGCCAAUCUGGCUGUGUACACGGGCGUCUGCCGGCCCCACGAUCGCAUCAUGGGUCUGGAUCUGCCCGAUGGCGGUCACUUGACGCACGGCUUCUUCACGCCCACCAAGAAGAUUUCGGCCACAUCCAUAUUCUUCGAGAGCAUGCCGUACAAAGUGAAUCCGGAGACGGGCAUCAUUGACUACGACAAGUUGGCGGAGGCGGCAAAGACUUUCCGGCCGCAGAUCAUCAUUGCGGGCAUCUCGUGCUACUCCCGGCUGCUGGACUACGCACGAUUCCGUCAGAUUUGCGAUGAUGUGGGCGCUUACCUGAUGGCCGACAUGGCCCAUGUGGCGGGCAUUGUGGCCGCCGGUUUGAUACCAUCGCCAUUCGAAUGGGCGGACAUUGUGACCACCACCACGCACAAGACGCUGCGCGGUCCACGCGCCGGCGUCAUCUUCUUCCGCAAGGGUGUGCGCAGCACCAAGGCCAAUGGCGACAAGGUGCUGUACGAUCUGGAGGAGCGCAUCAACCAGGCGGUCUUCCCCUCACUCCAAGGUGGUCCGCACAACAAUGCCGUUGCCGGCAUUGCCACCGCCUUUAGGCAGGCCAAGAGUCCCGAAUUCAAGACAUACCAGACGCAGGUGCUCAAGAACGCCAAGGUCCUGUGCGAUGGCCUCAUCUCGCGCGGCUAUCAGGUGGCCACCGGCGGCACCGAUGUCCAUUUGGUGCUGGUCGAUGUGCGCAAGGCUGGCCUUACCGGCGCCAAGGCCGAGUACAUACUCGAGGAGGUGGGCAUCGCGUGCAACAAGAACACCGUGCCCGGCGACAAGUCCGCCAUGAAUCCCUCGGGCAUCCGUCUGGGCACACCCGCCCUGACCACUCGCGGCCUUGCCGAGCAGGACAUCGAACAGGUGGUGGCCUUCAUCGAUGCCGCACUCAAGGUGGGCGCCCAGGCAGCCAAGCUGACCAGCAGUCCCAAGCUGGCCGACUACCACAAGACGCUGGCCGAGAAUGUGGAGCUGAAGGGCCAGGUGGACACGAUCCGCAACAACGUCGCCCAGUUCAGCAGGAAGUUCCCGCUGCCCGGUUUGGAGACCCUAUAGGUUCCCAGCUCCCCAUUUGUUUCGCCUUCUGAUGAUAUAUAUAUACCCUCGAAAAAUCCGUUCCGCUUGCGAAAGUGGAAGUAAAUAGUCGCUAAGCCAUUAAACGCAUUUCAAUUUACAUACCAUA